AUGGAAAUGCCCACCUUCACCACCUUCCAAGGCAACAAAGUCACCUCUCCAAACCCCUCCACGACCCUCACAGUCGGCAAACCCUUCCUCAUAACCUGGACCAACAUAACCGGUCCCCCCACCACCCCUCAAGUCACCAUCUACCUCCUAAACUCCCUCAACCCCGCCGCCAAAAGACCCUCAGACCUAAGCCGGGCUCGUCGAAUAGCCACCGUCGAAAACACGGGAAGUUACAGAUGGAUGGUACCGGGGUCUCUUGCCGAUAAAGAAACAUAUGUCAUCGAGAUGAGUUAUGAUUCUUGGAUGGGGAAUUAUAGUUACUCCCAACCGUUUGCGAUUAUGGGCGCCGGUGCGAAUCCGCCUACUUUGCCGGAUUAUGAUACGAAUGUAGGGCUUAAUUGGGAGAAUUCGAAGGCUGCGGUGGCGGCGAUUUUGGCCGGGGUGGGAUUGUUGGUUGCGGCUGGGACGGGGUAUUGGAUUGUGAAUAGGAGGAGGAAUAGGGCGGCUGAGAAGAGGAGAGAGGAGGAGAGACGGGUGCGAGAGGUUAAGUUGGGAGAGGUGGAGAUGGGAGGGGUGUCCGGGCGGACCAGUGUGGAUGGGACCGUUUAG